UACGUCCUGUCUGUCCUGAAAUUUACCUACCCUACCCUUUUUCAAGGGUGGCAGACAUUAGUGGGCGGACUUCUGCUUCAUGUCUCCUGGAAGCUGGGCUGGGUGGAGAUAAACUUGUGUUCAAGGUCUGAAAUCUUGUCAUGGCUUCCUGCUUCAGUACUGUUUGUUGGCGUUAUUUAUGCUGGCUCUAGGGCACUGUCUAGAUUGCCAAUCCCGGUGUUUCUCACCGUGCACAACGCAGCAGAAGUUAUAACCUGUGGGUUCCAGAAGUUCGUGCAGAAAGAGCAGACCUCUCAUCUGAAAGUCUGUAGUGUGCUGUUCCUCCUGGUAGCAGCAGUGUGCCUACCUUUAUGUGACACACAGUUUGAUCCAAACGGUUACUUAUGGGCUCUAAUUCACCUGAUCUGUGUGGGGGCUUACAAAGUAUUUCAGAAGUUAUGGAAACCUAGCUCUUUAAGUGAUCUGGACCAACAGUACAUCAACUACAUAUUCAGUGUGGUGCUUUUGGCUUCUGCAUCCCAUCCAGCAGGUGAUCUCUUCAGUGCCUUGGACUUUCCAUUCCUGUACUUCUACAGGUUUCAUAGCAGCUGCUGUGCCAGUGGACUGUUGGGAUUCUUUCUGAUGUUGCACACAGUGAAGCUAAAAAGCAGCACAACCUCAGGGCAAUAUGCAGCAUGGAGUUUCCUUGCAAAGGCACUGCAAUACAGGGAAGACAUUGAUAAACUGGAGCAAGUUCGGCAGAUGGCUGCCAAGAAAGUCAGGGAGCUGGAGCACUUGCGGCUGCCGGACCAGGCUUGUUCAGCCUGGAAGAGAGACAGCUUUGGGAGCACCUAA